CCCCGCCCCCGCACGAAGCUCGGCGUGGGGAAAAAAGCCACGAUGUCGGCGUGAACCCUGAGAAUCCAAUCUUCAACUCUAUUCGGUCUCGGAACGCCCCAAUCCUGGGCGUGCGCAGAUAGGUAGAUAUGUAACUAUCUGGUUCAUCCCCCCCAGCCUGCGGAUCAGCCAGCCGGAGAGAGGUAUUCCCACGGAUGCGAUUGUGUGUCUGUACCGGUGUUAUGCAUACUUGGUUAGGGGCCAACGGCGUGUGUGAUGAAUCUCCAGCUUGGCAUCGGGAGAGACGCCGGCCUGAAACACUUGGCCAUUUUUAUUGCUGCGCUGGACGGCUCGUGCUGUGCCCUGUGUUCGGUUGUUCAGUCACCAGAGCGUUGCCUGUCGUCCAGAUUUCCCAAUCUACUCUAACGUCUGCUGGUCCCGGCCGGUGCUGGGUGCUGAUGCUGGUGCUGGUACCUACUGGUGCUGACUCUCCCUGUCUUCACUCCACCACCACCACCACCACCUCCGCCUCCCCCUCCCCUUUUUCAUUUUGGCACUCUUCCUCCUCUUUCCUUCGAUCCACCAUUACUACCACCGUCUUUGCGAGGACCCAAGACUCGUGUUUUCCAUCGAUAUCCCUCCCACCUCCCGACCAAACCCACUUUGCACCUUGUUACCGCCUGGAUUGGCGAGAGUCGAACUUCGGUACAUACAUCCCUAGUGGUAUAGUGGUACACGACUCAGCACACGACCGCGUCUUCCUCAUCCACUCAUUGCAACGUCCGCCACCCGUCCAACUGUAAGCCCUCUCUUUGGUUCUCUACGUCCCUGCGUUCUCUCCUCGAUUCACCUCUAAUCAACAUUGAAAGCGCACAGAAUACUAGAACUCCCCUAAAACAAACCUAAUACUUAAUACCGCCUCACCCAUGGACUCCACAUUCGGAACCACCGCCACCACCACCACACCGACACCGCUCGCCUCGGCGCCUCCCGAAUGGGGUAGUGACCCGGCGUGGAAGCUGCCCGGCUGGGCCGAGCCCGUUAUCGUUGCGAGCAUCCUCUUCGGCGCCUGCUUCUACACUCGACGACGCAAUUUCAACGUAUCCGGCAAGCAGUCGUCACGGUACGCGCUGUUGGACCAAGACUCGAAUUCGUCGCAAGACACAAUAGGGCAGGACGA